AACACUGUAGCAUCCUUCAGACAAGGUCGUGCACCUUCGCCUUUCCCCAUGACACACAACCAAAAAAAGUCGCGUGGGUGAGUCCUGAACGCAGUCAUUGCGUGCCUCCCCACGAGGACGGAGACGCGGACACAGCUUGAUAUCGCAGUCAUUUAUUGUUGACAGUUAGUAGGAUGGCCGGUUCGCACGUGUUCGCUGCAAUAGGUUUCUCCAAGAGCACGAUAAACGACACGGCAAGCGCGCGAGAAUAUUUCGCCAGGUAAAUAGGGGCACGAGACAAGAAAAUGAAUUAUGCGACGACUGUUUGAGCGGUUCUUCGUAAUGACUGCAUUUAUCCUGCUGAGUUUAUGAACAGAGCGACAGACUGCAAGCGAACAUGAACAACACUGGCAAUAAAACCGCAUUUGUUACCGAGCAGCAUGGUCAAAUCGGACGCUUUGAGUCGCGCUCUGAGGUCUCGUGAAGUCUUCAGCCGUGACGAGUCUACAGAGGCGGAGGCGAGCCCGUGAACGGAGGACCUGGGCUGCGAUUAAGACUCGGGACCAAUUCCGUCAUUUGACCGGGCAUCCUUCUCCUUAAAAUAAUCAUCACAGACUCGCAGAGCGAGUCUGUGAGCUGUGCAGUGUGGGACGCUGUCUGCCCCGUUGUCAUCAGACGUCAUGAGCUGGAGCUUCCUGACACGUCUGCUGGAGGAGAUCCAGCACCACUCCACGUCGGUGGGGAAACUCUGGCUCACUGCGCUAGUUGUCUUCCGCAUCGUGCUGACUGUGGUGGGCGGCGAGUCCAUAUACUACGAUGAGCAGAGCAAGUUUGUCUGCAACUCGGGCCAGCCGGGAUGUGAGAAUGUCUGCUACGAUGCCUUUGCGCCGCUUUCGCACGUGCGAUUCUGGGUCUUUCAGAUCAUCCUGUCCGCCAUGCCCUCUCUGCUCUAUAUGGGCUACGCAGCCAAUAAGAUCUCCCACAACGAGGAAUUGAGGGGCGGUGCGGGGGCCGGGGCCCCAGCCGUAAGAAACUCAGUAGGGGACGGAUACACUCAGCGCAGACCGAGAAAGAUGUACUUUGGUGCACGGCAGCAUCGGCCAGGACAUGAGGAUGGGGAAGAGGAACGCGAGGAUGACCCCAUGAUCUAUGAAGUGCCUGAGAUAGACAACACGCGUCGUGAGCUGGUGCCACCACGUCCCAAACCCAAAGUGCGCCACGAUGGGCGCCGGCGAAUACGAGACGAUGGUCUGAUGCGAGUGUAUGUGUUACAGCUGCUGACACGCUCCGCACUGGAGGCAGGCUUUCUGGCGGGACAGUACCUGUUAUACGGCUUUCGAGUGGAACCAAUCUUUGUGUGCUCAGAUAAACCCUGUCCACACCACGUGGACUGCUUCAUCUCACGCCCCACUGAAAAAACCAUCUUCCUCCGAAUUAUGUACGGCGUCAGCUGCAUUUGCCUGCUACUAAACCUGUGGGAAAUGAUUCACCUCGGAGUAGGAACUAUCCGGGAUGCACUGCGCAAACGAACUGAAUCAGCCACCGAUGAUGAGUACCAGCUUAGCUUGCUUGCAGCCGGGGGCGUGUCUGUCGGAGUAGGUGGGCCUUCACUCAGCGAAGGGGAACCAGGAGGCGGAGUUGGGGGCGGUGUUCGAGAAGCAGACUAUGUUGGUUAUCCCUUCUCCUGGAACACUCCUUCUGCACCACCAGGGUAUAACAUCGUAGUGAAGCCUGAGACGAUGCCGUACACAGACCUGAGCAACGCCAAGAUGGCUUGCAAGCAAAACCGUGCCAACAUCGCCCAGGAAGAGCAGCAGCAGUACGGCUCCAAUGAAGACAACUUCCCAUCUGCAGGUGAGGCGAGACCGCCUCCCAUCAACAAAGAUGUGAUACAAUUAGAGGCAGCGAUUCAAGCUUAUACCUUGCAGCACAAUGCUAGCAAUAACCACGAUGAGAUGAAUGACACCAAUGACAUCGAUGAGAAGCCUCAGAGCAACAUCACCACUGCACCUCAGAAGGAGCGAAAGCAACGGUCUAAGCAUGGAAAAUCUGGGAGUGCUGGGAGCACCAGCAGCAGCAAGUCCGGAGAAGGCAAACCAUCUGUCUGGAUCUGAAAUUUGCAUGCACACCUGAACAUUAUACUCAGUGGUGCACACUUUCAUUCAUUUCUGAAAGUUUUUUUAGACACGUGUGCAUCCCACAGAUUACAGAGACUGCAAACACCUGAUUCGAAAAAUGCUGUAUAUCUUUUUGAAGUGCUUUCGGUGCCUUAAAGAAACUCCAUGAAUGAGGUGGAUUUUUUUUUUAAUUCAAUUUCAUUGAUCUACCUAAAAUAAACUUGUGUGCUCAUGAUUACAUCAAGCUCUAAGAACAUUCCCUCAUAAUCCAGAAAAACCGUCCGUUUUUAAAAAAGUUCUGAACUAUUCAGUGAGUUGAGAAAGUCUUCCUAUAGGAUUCUCCGUAAGAGUGAUGACGCUACAAUCCGAUUCCAAACCAGCUGUCUUCCUUUUGCCAGUGUUAAACAAUAACUUUUGCAUCAUGAUGCCAAGCUACAACAAUGCAAUGAUACACCAAUGCUUUGGUGGUACACUGUGGUCUUCAAGACCCAACAAACAGUCCUGUGAAAUAAGCUGUAAAUCUACAUUUACUAACACACAAACACAUCCAGUGCAAAUGUUUUCAUAGCUAUGGGUCUUUGAGGAAGCAGUGCAAUGUUUUUCAGUUUGGAGAUCUCUGUAGUAUUUCUAGCCAAGACUUGGGAUAUUCUGUUGGUGAAUCCACUUCCUACUCUGUUCUUGUACUAUCCCCUACUGGUGAAGAAAGUAUUUGCAAUCUAGUCUAAUUAGCCAUAUAAAUAUAUACAGGGUUCCCAAGGUCCUGGAAAUUACAUUGAAUUUUAAAAGUGUUUUUUUCCAGACCUGAAAAGAGGAAAUUAAUUAAAAAAUAAAAGAAAGGUAAAUUAAUUUCAGUGCUCAGUUUUCUUGUUUGUUUCUUUAGAUAGAAAUCACUCUUUGUGAGUCAUUAUGAAAAUAUUUUUACAAAUUCUUUAUCCAGUAAUUGAAUGGUGGAAAAAGUUAAGGGGAAAAAUCAUGGAAAUUCAUUGCUCAUAAAGUUUGGAAAUCCUGUACUUUUAGGUGCAUAUGAAACCAUUUUACAUUCAGAUUGUCUGAAAAUCACUGUGUAUCACUGUAUUCAUGGGAACAUCCUCUAGGUCUAACAGACAUAUUGAUAUAGCCAAUCCAAGUAGCAGGUCUAACUUGGAUCAAAUGGAGGUUAAAAGUUUAAAAGUGACACUCUGUAGAUCAAGAAAUGUAGAUAUCUAAGGUACACACAAACAAAUUCAUACACACUGUGUGAAGAGUCUUCCGUUCUCUCUUACUGCCACAUUCCAACUUGUGAGACUUUUGCCUUUAUGUAGGAUGUUUCAAUUUGUGACAAUUGCCAUGGGAGACCAAAUACUGUUUGUCACAAAGACAUCGAGCUACUAUGCAGUCAUGCGGACUGAGGAAAACACGCCAUAGAACACUAUUGUGUGUGCCUGCGUGUGUGCGCUUGCGUGUAGCUGAGGACGAGGCAGUGGAGACUGAUUGCAUGAGUGCAUGUGACUAGUAUUUGAUUAAUGAAUUAAAGAAAAGAAAAAAAACCUCUACUUAUCAGCAUUUCAGCAGUAUUUAUUGAUGCUGAAGACUGUGGCUAUAUAUUUGUGGUUUCUAAGCGAGACUUGACUUGUUUGUAUUUUUAAACAUCAAUUUGGUUUCUUUUUUUAUUCUUUUUAAUACACGGAAUUCCAUUUUAAAAGUGCCCAUAUGAUUUGAUUAUUACAAAAUAUGUUUUUUUUUUUAGGAUUUUGUUGCCUUUAAUUGUAGUAACAACAAACUAUGUGAUGAUUUUGUAGUCAGUCAGUGCAAUUAUGUUUCCCAGUGUGCUCAGUGAACCCUUGUUUUUUUAUAGUCAUGAUCGAAUAUGAUUUUGCAUGGAAGGGGAAAUAGGAAUGUUUUAGGGCAAUUUCCAAUGGGAAUGCUGUAAACAAAAAGGAUUCUGCAAUGUAACCAAUUACUUUGACCUUUUCUGUGUGGAUGUGUGUUGGAGUUUCUAACAGCUGUAUAUUGGAGGCGCGCUCCAGAUGGAGUGAGUAUAAGAGACCCCUCUGCCCCACAUCUGAGCACCACUGCGUGUGUUGCCGUUUAAUGUGUGAGCAUUUGUGGAGUCAGGGUUAGCCGAGGCGAUCCUCAAGAAAAACCUUGCGUACUUUUGUCAGCUGUCUAAGAAAGAAACUGAAGUAGUAAGCUACUUUACUUCAGACUUUGACACAUCUCUUUGAAAGCAAGCCUUCUCAGCAGGUCACAAUGAAGUCUGAUGGCAUUCUUACUGACGAGCGUGUGUGAAUGUGGAAGCAUGCGUUUCUAUUUAUUGCCCUUUUACUGGUUAUGAUCAAGCCACUAAUGUGUUUGAUAAAACCAUUGUUUGUCUUGA